AAAUCGGCGCUGAGGAGAAGCGGCGAGAGGGCCGCCCGGGCGGCGUCAGCUUAGCUCGUCUCUACGCGUUGCUGGGCUCGCGGCCGGCGGUCCGGCCCCUCCGCCGCAGCCGCCAUGUCCAUGAAGGGCCGCUUCCCGAUACUCCGCACCCUGCAGUACCUGGGCCAGGGGGACAUAGUGUUCAAGGAGUCGGUGAAGGUCAUGACGGUGAACUACAAUACGCACGGGGAGUUGGGCGAGGGCGCCAGGAAAUUCGUGUUUUUCAACAUACCUCAGAUCCAGUAUAAGAACCCCUGGGUACAGAUCAUGAUGUUUAAGAACAUGACGCCAACACCCUUCCUGCGGUUCUAUUUAGAUUCCGGGGAGCAAGUCCUUGUGGACGUGGAGACCAAGAGCAAUAAGGAGAUCAUGGAGCACAUCAAAAAGAUUCUGGGGAAGAAUGAGAAAGUCUGCGUGGCUUCUGGACACCAUACCAAGGAGUGGCUCCACUGGGAGGACGCAGAGGGGAUGGUCCCACCAGCAUUUUCGUUAAAGUUUGACAAGAGAGAAUGGACCUGCUGUCAAAGGCUUGAGAUGAUCUGGAGUGGCGAGAAUUCAGGUACCCCCACUAUUCUCCAAAAUUUGCUCCCAAGGCAUGAACGAUAAAUGACAUAAUCAGAUCCAAACAGGAAUUUCCAAGUUGGAGACACUGUUCCCACUGAUUCCCACUAAUGACUUCCAUAAGUGCCGCCGCCAACUGCGGAAUAGAGUCCCGUCUUGCCAUAAGCCCGUGGCGGCAGCCCGGCACCCACCUUGCUCUCCUCAGCUUUACACGGCCAUGGAUGCCUGGAGGCAGGGGAGUGAGUGCACUGGGGUCUUUUGGGGUAUCAUCUGAUCAAAAGGUUCCAGAAAUACAAGUUUAGCCUCACACUGUAUUUUCUUAAUCUGGGCUACACAGAAAGAAAGUACAGGUACCUGAGGCAGCCUUGCUACUUUUCCCAAAUGGAAAUGUGAGCUGCUGCUUCACAACCAGGGGAACUAUGGGCGCUUUUCUCCGACUAAACUUCCCAAUAACCGCAUUCUGUUCUUGUAAACAAUGGUCACUAUCACUUACAAGGAGAAAGAAGAUGAUAACUUUGGGGAUUAAAGGUUGUUUUUAAGGAGCAUGCAGCCUGCUUCUACAUCCAUCAUGUAAAACGCUCCAGAGUUCGUCUGCUGGCACAACCGGGGGAACCCAAGUGCGUGGUACGCCAGGAUCAUUGAGAGACCUGCUGACAGAGGUGCUGAGCCUGGAGACACUGAGAAACAUGCCACUCAGCUCCACCACACCUGCUGCCUGGGCAGGCAGCAAGACCCGCACCACAGUCCACCUCCCAGUUCGGACCGAAGUGCAGGAACACAGGCCCUUCCCAAGGGUUAUUUGGGAUGGAAACUGCUGAGAAGGGAGCCCUCGCACUCCUCCACCUGAAAAACAUGCAACCCACCGCCACACUGUAGUCGGGAGGUCCCGGCAAGGGUUCAGAAUGCUCACCUUGCACUUUUUGGUCAGAACGCUCCAACUGCUGUAAGUGAUGGAGGUGAUUCGUGGAUGUUUUCAGUUGCUGCAGGAAUUGGCAGUUAACAUCUUACUGGUUUAAUCCAAUUCUGAGAACCAGUCACCAGAAGAGGCCCGAGUUCAGAGGAGCCUGCAGAUGCCCGUCACAGACCAGGACCAGAGGUCAGGGAACCUGACAAGCAUCAGCUCUGGCUGAGGAAGCUUCGAAUUCAGGUCACCACGAUUGUGCCACCACACUCCCCCUGACUGCACGUACAAUAAGCUGCAUCUUCAUUCAUUCCCGGGAAUUUAGCUCUACACCAGCAACAUGUGCGUACAGUUAGGAAUGACGCCUUCCUUCCUUAAGCAUAAAUGAUUGUCUCCUGUAACCCUAUUGCAUUUUCACAGAAAUCAUUAGUAUUUCGGCAAAAGACAUACACAGUUUUCCAUUUGCCCUGCACACAGGCAAGAUGUUGCUAACAUUACACAUUGAUAAGAAGUGCUUAGAAAGUGCUAAUAUCAUUACCCUGGUAAUUAGUAGCUAUUAUUUCCAAGGACGUUUUUAAUAUAUACACACAUACUGUUGUUCUCUUAGGUUCUUUUAGUUUUCUUUAACUAGUCUCUGACAUAAAACUUUGCUUUUUUUUUGCCCUUUGAGAAUUUCUAAAUAAAAACUGAGUUAAAAGAUUGUUCCAAAA